AUGGGCACAUGCGACGAUGGCCAGUUUGGGCCGAUCGUCGAUAGAGACUGUCGUGGUGGAUUCGACUUCACUGUCCUCUUCGAGUCCGGUAUGCUGAGCGUCCUUCCAGCCGCGCUGUUCCUUCUCUUGGCAUCGCUACGUCUGGCCCACCUGUUUAGACAGCGGAGGAAGGUGCUUUCUUCCGCAUUUCGAGUGGUGACCCUGAGUUUCUCGGCGACCUUUGCAGCUAUUCAGAUUGCUUUGAUUGUGAUCGUUGCAAAGUAUCGCGGCGCAGGGCAGAUACUGCUUGCAAGUGCCGUUCUCGACCUUUUAGCGGCAUUGAGUAUGACAUUACUUCUUGAUCUAGAGCAUGUCCGAUCAAUCCGACCAUCCUUCUUGCUAUCUGGGUACCUGUUUAUCACCGUGAUUUUGGAUCUCGCCCGUGUGCGUACAGCCUGGUUGACGCCGCACAAUGGAAAUUACUCGAUUCUUCUGUCUACUUCUCUGGCUGUCAAGACAGUUCUACUGGCACUCGCGAGUGUCGAGAAGCAGAAGUGGCUUCUGUCGUCCGAGAAGUAUCCCUCCAAGGAGAGUGUGAGCGGGCCCUUCUCACGAGGCUUGUUCACCUGGCUGAAUGGGCUACUAUGGAGAGGCCGUUCUGAAUCACUGGCUGGGGAUGAUCUCCCGAAUAUCCACGAAAAGCUUUUGUCCUCGGAGCUAUCUGCUCGGUUCGCAAACACAUGGGCUCGGUCCGACCAAAGUGGGAAAAAUGCGCUGCUUUGGGCGGUGAUCAAGUGUCUGCGCUGGGAAAUUGCGACUAUCGCUUUUCCGCGUCUUUGCGUCGUAGGAUUCAGUAUUGCACAACCAUUCCUUAUUGGAAAAGUCGUCAGUGUUUUGCAGCGAUCCGACUCUUUCUCAAUUGACAUCAGCUAUGGUUUGAUUGGAGCCACUGCAAUUCUCUUUAUCGGGACUGCGGUUGCGCGAGCUUCCUAUGAACACCUGGGAUAUCGUGCCACAACAAUGCUCCGAGGAGGUUUGAUGAGUAUCGUCUUCCAGCAUAUGAUGGACUUACCACUGGGCAGCACAGAUGAAUCCAGUGCAAUGUCGCUUAUGGGUUCCGACAUAGAAAUGCUCGCUGAGUAUUUCUUUUCAGUGGUCUGUGAGACGUGGGCAAAUGUGCUUCAGUUAGCAUUGGCUACAUGGUUGCUAGAGGCCCAGGUUGGCGCCGUAUGUAUUGCUCCUCUCUUGAUAGUGAUAAUAUUUGUGGGUGCCUCCUUUGCUAUGGGAUCUGCUGUUUCCACCCGACAGAAAAACUGGCUCCAGGCCACGGAGAAGCGAAUCAACUUCACAUCCUCUAUCCUAGGAUCUAUUCGCAACGUUAAAUUCCUCGGUCUAGCCGAGAUAAUGGGCUCCAAAAUCGAAGCAUUGCGCACAGAGGAGCUCGAAAUAUCCAAGAAAUUCCGCCGGAUCCAAUCAAUUCGUGUUUGCAUGGUCAACAUCCCUAUCAUCAUUGGGCAAUUUGCGACACUAGCUGCCUAUGCGAUAGUAGCACUCGUGCGGGAAUCCGGUCCCCUUGCCGUCAACCAGGCCAUCACCUCGCUGUCGCUCAUUACCUUGAUGAUAACACCUCUCAGCUAUCUCUUGCUCGCGAUUCCAGAUACCUUUGCUUCAAUAGGUUGCUUGCAUAGGAUACAAGAAUUUCUUAAGAACCAGAAUCGACUUGAGAAGAGAAAGCUUCCCGAACCCUUAUCGACUUGCCCCACAUCGUCUAGUAGUCUCUCUGGUAUUGAGCUGCCCCAAUUCUCACCACUACCACACAGUACAAGCGAAAACGGGGUGGUCCUAUCCCUGAAAAAUGUCAAGUUCGGUUGGAAGUCUCUUUCUACACCGAAGAUCCCUGGCAUCGAUCUUACACUGGAAAGUUCUGCUUCUGGAAAUCUUGUCAUAAUUGUCGGACCAGUCGGUUGUGGCAAGUCUACCUUUCUCAAGGGUCUGGCGGGAGAGACGCCAGUGUUGGAAGGGGACCUCUUCUUACAAUACCCGAACUUGGCCUUCUGUGAUGACACGCCUUGGCUGUCCAAUUCUUCCAUCUGGAGCAAUAUUGUUGGUGAAGACACAUUCGUUGUUUUUGAUCCCGCCUGGUACCAGACCGUUGUUAGUGCAUGUGGACUGGACUUGGAUAUCCAGAAAAUGCCGGCCGGCGGCGAAACCAUUGUUGGGAGCAAAGGAUCUAAACUCAGCGGAGGACAGAGACAGAGAAUUGCUAUUGCACGAGCAUUAUAUGCUCGCAGAAAGAUCGCUUGUUUUGACGAUGUUUUAAGUGGUCUGGACAAUUCUACAGCCAGAACUGUGUUCCAAAAUGUCUUUGGUUCGACCGGUCUGCUGCGUCGGCUGGGCUCUACCGUGUUUCUGGCUACUCACAGCACUCAGUACUUGCCCCAGGCUGAUUUAAUUAUGGUUCUCGGCGACAAUGGCCAAGUCAUGAAGCAAGGAAGCUAUGCCGAAAUCCGAGAGGAAGUUGUCAGCUUUGUUCAGAGAUAUGAAGUUCCACCGACACAACCAGAUGAAGUGGAAGAAAGCACCGACUCUAAAGCCUUGCUCACGGUCCCUCUGACUCCUACCUUGGGCAUUUCCAAAGAGGGCGGUCGAAAGAAAACUGAUCUUGCUGUGUAUAAGUAUUACUUUUCCGCUUUAGGCUGGGCACGAAUGGCGGCGUUGCUUCUCUUCAUCGUCACAGAGAGUGGUACAAAUGCAUUCCGCUAUGUGUGGGUCGACCUCUGGUCUUCCAGCAGUGAUAGUAAUUCGCGCCUUGGCUACUGGCUUGGCAUUUAUGGAGCAUUCUCUGUAAUCCAGGCUCUUGCGCUCAUGCUUGCCGUUUUCUGGGUAUGGGUCAUAAUUGUCCCAUUGGCUUCCAAGAACCUACACUCAACCGUGCUACGCACUUCCAUGGCCGCACCCUUGUUCUUCCUGUCCAACCUUGAGACUGGAGCACUGGUGACGCGUUUCAGUCAGGAUAUGAGGCUAGUUGACAUGAUCCUUCCUCGAGCCUUCUUCUCUACAGUAAUCAUGUUUUUUGGUGCUAUUGGCGAAGGUGCCAUUGCCAUUGCCUCGCUCCCAUACCUAGCAGCGGCUUUGCCCCCUCUAUUCGGAGUCUUGUAUUUGAUCCAGAGCUUUUAUCUCCAGACGUCUCGUCAGCUACGACUACUAGAGAUCGAGCUCAAGAGCCCUCUUUAUACCCACUUUAUCGAGUCACUCGCAGGAUUAACCACUAUUCGCGCCUUUGCCUGGACUCAUGCAACGUCGAACCGAAUGCUCUCGAUACUUGACACUGCACAAAGACCUUACUACCUUCUCCUAUGCAUUCAACGUUGGCUUGCUCUUGUUCUGAACCUGAUUGUGGCCGGCAUGGCAGUGCUGCUUGUCGGAUUAUCAGUCGCUCUUCGCUCUCGUUUAGACCCAGGCCUCUUAGGAGUUGCCCUUGUCGUGAUGAUGGAUCUAGGACGCGGUUUGUCAGAGCUGAUUCAGAACUGGACAUUGCUUGAGACGUCACUGGGUGCUAUUGCACGCAUCAAGGCGUUUGCUGAGGAAACUCCCCAUGAAGAGAAUGACUUGGUUAUUCAGACACAUGAUGAACUUUCGGAAUGGCCGACCAGCGGUGAGAUCGAAUUCAAGGAUGCUGGGAUCGCUUGGAAUAUCGGUGAUACGAAGCCCUUGCUCAAUUGCAUCAACCUUCGAAUCGGAGCCGGACAGAAGUUUGGCUUAUGUGGUAGAUCUGGAAGUGGCAAAAGUACAUUGGCACUAUCCCUCCUACGUCUCAACGAGCUUGUAUCCGGCAGAAUCUUCAUCGAUGGACAAGAUAUCACCCUGAUGCCCCGGCCCUCAAUUCGGCGGCGUAUCAGUUGUCUAAGCCAAGAGUCGUUUUACUUCCCAGGCACAAUUAGGGAUAAUGCUGAUCCAGAAGGCAAAGUUUCGAGCAGGGAGAUUGUGGAAGCAUUGAACUCUGUCGGAGUUUGGAGCGUCCUCACCGCGAGCCACAGUGGUUCCGAAGAAGAGGUGCUAGAUUCAGCACUAGGCGAUAACAGUCUAUCCCAGGGCCAGAAACAGCUCUUCUGUCUAGCUAGAGCUCUGCUGAAGAGAAGUAAAAUCUUGAUAUUGGAUGAGCCAACGAGCAGCUUGGACCACGAAACUGAUGCGAAGGUGCAGCAGGUCAUACGGGAUUCCUUCAAGGGCUGUACCGUGAUCAUGGUGGCGCAUAGAAUCAACACAUUGCUGGAUUUCGAUCAGGUUGCCGUUCUCGGCAGUGGUCAAAUCAUGGAGGUAGGACAUCCUACUGAUUUACUCAAUGCACCGAAUGGGGAGUUUUCGAAGCUGUUAAGCCUCGGGACUUGA